AUGGAGAAUAGCACGGAGUCGCUACGUGCGGAAGCGAGGCCACCUCUGCCACCAAGACCGAGCGAAUUGAAUCUCAUGCACACCAGACCGUCAACAAGCCAUGGGGCGCGCGGUCUCACAAGACCCGAUCUUAUGGCGGGCGCAACGACUAUGGUCUCUAUGACGGAUGUCAACAGUUACAACCGUCCUGAUGGUUCUAAAGAGCUGCGCACUGCCCCUUCCCGAGUCUCUUCGAGUCCUUCGAUCCGCCCGUCCACGAGCAAGGGAACAAGUGAGUUCGGAGAAGAUACAUCUAGCAUCAGGAGCUAUGCACCCUUUGGACGGCAGGUACAAGAAGCUGGGAGCAUCUUUGAUGGAGACCUACGAGAAGAGCAGGGAUUAUCGUCACCCGCAAGCGAAGGUGGCCUGUUCGGACAAGACUCGGACGACUUUGACGAUGAAGCGGACGUUGACUUUGGUAAAGAGUUUGAAGACAUUGACGACGAUACUGUUGGUGAAGAUGUGGCUCACUCGCUGUGGAAGGCGAAGCGAAAGCAUUUUAUCAUUCUUUCCGCGGCAGGAAAGCCCAUCUAUACGAGGCACGGAUCAGACGCCGUCAUUUCCAACUACGUCGGCAUCAUUCAAACAAUCAUUUCCUCAUUCGAAGAGAACGCGGACCAGUUGAGGAGUUUCCAGGCCGAUGGAGUCCGUAUCGUGAUUCUUUCCCAGACAAAUCUGUUUCUGGUUGGAAUCACCAGUCUCCCUGAGAGUGAGGCUCAAGUGCGUCUUCAGCUAGACGCUCUCUACAUGCAGAUACUGUCGACUUUGACCUUACCUACUUUGACACACAUAUUCUCUGUACGUCCUUCCAGUGAUUUGAGGCGACCGCUGGAGGGCACAGAGGUCCUGCUCUCAUCACUCGCAGACAGCUUCACACGUGGCUCUCCUUCAACGCUGCUCUCAGCACUUGAAUGCUUGAAGAUCCGCAAAUCAUAUCGCCAAGUAAUCAACAGCACUAUGAUCAAAGCUCGCGUCGAUGAUCUGCUCUAUGGUCUUGUUGUUGCCGGAGGGCGACUUGUCAGUGUCAUUCGACCGAAGAAGCACUCUCUUCAUCCCAGCGAUCUGCAAUUGAUAUUCAAUAUGCUCUUUGAGGCAGAAGGGAUCAAGGCCGGUGGUGGCGAUUCCUGGGUUCCGAUCUGUCUCCCAGGCUUCAACAAGACCGGCUACCUCUACAUGUAUGUCAGCUUCCUAGACAUGGGCGGCGAUCAAGUACGUGAGCUUGACGCAAACGAACGUAUAGCUCAGGAAGACUCUGUGGCUAUCAUACUUCUUAGCGCCAAUAAAGAGGGCUUUGAGGAUCUACACAGCAUGAAGAACUACCUGGUACACGAAUUUCGCCGCAAUAGAAGCAUGCAUAUCAUUCAUGCAGCGGUACAAGCUGGCCGGCCCGCACCGACAGACAUCAUCGCUGGCACGGUCCUCAGGCAUUUUCUUUACAAAUCCAAGGGCAAUGUCCAAUUCUUCAUGCCCUCAUACUCACCCAACUUCGAGACGUUGAAGCAGCGUAGGCGACUGUUGUCGCUGUAUCAUAAACUGCAUGCAGCUGUUCAUGCGAAGCAUGCGGCUGUUAAGGUCGUCCAUAGCAUCAGUACGAGUGCAACGGCGCUUGCUUGGGUGACACCCAUGUUUGAGCUUUACUGCGUGGCCGGUCCUUCGGCUUCCAGGAACGCUCUGGCUCAAAGUGCCAAUAAGGUAGUGCAGUGGGUGCAACGCGAGGAAGAGCAUAUAUUCAUCAUUGGCGGUGCCGUAUUUUGA